CAUUCACGGACGCAAACUUAGGUUUUCCUCGAUGUUGUUAUCGUUUUGGUCGUUCAGUGUAUUUUAACUAAGUUUUUUUUAUGAUUUUCGGUUUCGAUUUACAUUUGUCACCGUCUCUAUUGUUAUUCCAAAUGUCAUUUUUACGUUUCGAUUAUAAUUUGGCAAGCAUUCAACUGUAAAUAAACGUGCGAUAACGAUAGCGAUUUCGAGAACGAAGUGAAAAGUUUCCUUUUUUUAAUUUUUAUUCUGGAGUUGACGGAAAUUAAGUUGUAUACAAAAUCAUCAAAACAACAAAAGAAAGGUGUCAACAAUUCCGAUUUGAUGUUAUUUUAAGUCAAAGCAUAAAAAAUGGUGUGAAGUCAGUGCUUUCAAUUGUUGAUGAUAAUCAAAUAAGUGAAGUGUUUGUUAUAAUAACAUUCAUUCUAAGUUGAAAAUCUAUUUUUGCUACCCAAUCAAUACACAAUGAUAAAGAAAUAUCGAUAUUCUAUUUGAACGAGAAAUGAGACGAAAGCGAGGACCAAACAAAUCAUACAUCGACGUGUUUUUCUCUUGAAACAUGAAAUGUCAUGACAACAAGACGAACAAAAGAAUAACAGGAACACACAAAAUCACACACAUCAAAUGAAAAAGAAAUUUUGAACAUUGAUUUUUACGGGCUAAUUUCGUUGGCCUUUAAUUAAAUGAAUCCAUUGAAAAUUGGUUAAAUUGUGGUUUUAGAUUUUUUUUUAUUUUAUUUCAUUCAACGAAACGAAAAAAGAAGAAAACAAUAUACACACUCUAUUGGCGCAACAAAGUACGCGAGCUUUGCAGUUGAUAUGCACAUGAGUUGGAAUUUAUGUAAUUAUUUCGAUAACCAUAAAACCAUAGCUAAACAUAUAAUAAACUUCGGGGCGAGUUGAUGUGAGCGAUCGAAUUAUCCAUCGCGCGGGUGAAACUGAAAACGGCUGCAAAGGGAAUGAAUCACGAAAAGGGCACACGAAAAACAAAAAUAAAAACGAAACUAAAAUAAACUAAAACACAAUAAAAUAUAAAACAACAAUAGCAAGUGUAACGUGUAUAUUAUCAGAAGCAGCAGAAAAUAGAAGCAAAACAAAAUACAGUAUAUUUUUUUAUAUUUACCGUCUACACAGGCGCAACCAAAACAAAAGAGAAAACACAUUCACAAGAGAGCAUGCAUGAAUUCCCCUUUGCUAUUGCCAUAAACACCACACACAGCAAUUAAUAUUUAUAUAAACCAUAUGCAUAACUGUAUUACAAGUGAGGCAUCUGCCAGCACAGCGUUCACCUCACGCAUUCAACUUCAUUAAACAAAUAUAAAAGCACAUCAAAAAUCUCUCCGGAGAGAAAUAUUGUUAGUAAAAAAAGAACGAUAGACGGAAACAAGAGUCAUUGUUAUUCAUAUUCAAUCAUCGAGUGUUUUUCAUUUGUGCAGUGGAUAUUCGUGGCUCGAAUUCCUUUGACACAGUGGUAUGAACAUAGAUUAAGUGAUUUAUCAAAUCGAUUGAUAGGUAACACGGAUUAAUAAUCAAACGGUCGAUGCAAUGACGGGCGAAAUACCCCCAAGAUAUGGUUUGGAAUCACGACCCUCACGUUCCAACAUUCAUUUGCUGCAUCCAUCGAAAACGGACGAGAUUGAAGUGCUCGAGUCUGGCGCCAUAAACCAUCAUCACAACAACAUUGGAAAUGACAUUGCGGAUCGAUCAAAUGCUAAAGUAACAGCUGGAUGGAUAUGUUGUAUGCCGUGUGUUUGGCUUCGUACAAGUGCAACAGUUCACAAAAUCGCAUUAACGACCGCUACAUUGUUGGUCACAUCGCUUUUGGUUGCUUCGCCAGUUCUAUUUUUAUUGAGCACGGCACCGUCACAGCUACCCAAAGAUUGUAAUACAAAGAGCGACGUUAAUUGCGUAUCAACACGCUCGGUAUCCGCAACUCCUGAGUGUGCAACGCUUACCUGUCGACAGGCAACGAUUAGCAUAUUCUCUCGGUCCAAUUGGAAAGUCGAUCCGUGCAAAGAUUUUACCAGUUUCAGUUGCAGUUCAACAAAAGGCAAUGCAAAAACAAUUAAAAGCGUACAGGAAGGAGUCGACACAUUAAUGCAGCAACUAUUGCAACACAAUACGUCGUCGGGACCAUUUCAAAAAUUGGGUCGACUAUAUGAGAGCUGCUUGCGACAAUCGAUAAAUUCGUCGUUUGUACGAUUAAAAAUGCAGCAAAUCGGUUCAUACAUGCCAUCGACCGUAACCGGACCAUCGACAAUAGGCGGUUUAAUUUUGAAAUUAUCCGAUUUCGGUCCAACGCCGCUCGUUUCAAUUUACUACGAUUUGAGUUAUGGACGCAAGCCACAGCCAAUGUUGAUAGUUGAUACUUCCUUUGAAUCAGCGUCGGUGCUACAGAAUCCAAUACGAUGGGCUGCACCGAAAUCAGCACCGUUUGACAUUCGAUACGAUGUUCCACCGUUGCUUGACACAUUAAUCGAUAUGUUUUUGCCCACCACCUUGGACGCGGACAAACGGGAAUUUGAACGCGAUUCAAUUGUUAAUUUCAUUCGGCAAUUAACUCAAUUGCGUCGAGAGAGCUUACGAAAAGGAUUUUCCGAUAGUUAUGUACUUUAUAAUGUGUCACAAUUGACCAACACCUAUCCAUUCCUCUAUUGGGAAAAUUUAAUCAAACCGAACAAUUGGUCGGGACCCAUACUUGUAAGAAGUGGCACCUAUUUACGAAAUGUUGAUCAAUUGGUAUCGAGACAUUCAACCCGUGUUGCACAUAACGCUUUGAUAAUUUUAUUUACGCUCGGAUUACUUCCGGAAAAUGCUCCCAACGCUAUGAUUUGUACAAAGGCAACAAUGUGGGCAAUGCCCGAAAUCACAUCAGCAUUAUUCACGGCACAGUAUUCAGACCGCACCAUCGAUACCAUCGUCGAAAGGGCGGAGCACAUUUUUGAAGUAUUGAAAUCACAUUUGAAACGGGCACCGUCAUUGAAAGGUGCCGCUUUAGUGAAACUCUCACAAUUGAAAGUGCAAGCAAGCAAUUGGCAAGUCUUACGAAAUCUCAGCGAAAUCAGUGAAAUACUCAAUCGAAUCGAAAUCACAUCAGACAAUUGGAUGCAAAAUAUUUUGAACAUCUACAAACAGUACAACUUACAACGAAUCGAUGUUGAAUCUGCCAUUGGUGAUGUCAUGCAUAAUGUUCCUAAUUGUAGAUGGGCUUAUCCGAUCGUCGCGCGAGUCUUCUACGAUACGCUGUCACACUCAAUCGUCGUACCUUUGUCGGUGAUGUUAACUCCAUACUUCGAUGCUACUUUGCCAUCGUAUUUACAUUAUGCAUCGGUUGGAGUUGCAAUUGGCAAAGAGAUUUUACGAUCAAUAACACGAACAUUCGAUGCAAAAGUGAUGCGAUGCGUUCCAUCGUCAGUUAAUGUAUAUUCAAAUACCAGCCGAAUGGAUCUAUUAUUGCAAAGUGGUGGCACACAGAUUGCCUAUCAUUCGUUGCUAUCGUUAUCGGGACCAAUUAAAGGGAUGUUACGACUGCCGAAUAUGAAUCUAUUGCCAACACAAAUUUUCUUCUUGGUUACCGCACAGGAAAUGUGCGCCAACGCUAUAUACGCUGGAAUGAACAUUGAAUCGGAGAACUUUAAAGACAUAUUGAGCUGGUUAAUCGCACAAGGUGGUAACGCUGCAAAUGUGUUCCGAUGCUCAAGCAGCAGUCCAUUGAAUUCACAUAAGACAUGUAAUGUGCUGUAAGAUCACCGAAAUUACACUCAUUGAAGCCUACUCAAAAGACCGGAACAGUCGAGGGAUUUGGAAAACGUCCCUUUCCUGUGCAUCAUAGCGGCCUACAUAAAUCUACAGACAACAUUCUCAAAUGAUAAAAAAAGGCCAAAUUUUAACUCAUUUUAUGGUAGUCAAAAACCCAUAAAAAGCAAUAUUGGCAACAGUUACGGUUUAUCUGCCCAUUGUGCAAUCUCUUUGGAAAUUGAAUCCAAAUUCGAUUGGGAUUUCACAAUAAUGUAAUAAAUAUGCUAACCGAUGGCAGUUUGGUUUAACUGCAAUGAACCGUAAUGUUUCAAAUGUGCGCCCAUAGUCCAACCGUGAGUGAAAAUAUUACUUGCGAUUCAGCUCAAUUAAAAUCGACAUUAUAGAUUAUAUGCAAUGUAUCUCCUUCAAAAAAUAAACAUUUCUCAACUCCGUCUCGAAUGAAAUUCUACACAAAAAAUGUGCACGAAACCAAAUAAAUCAAGUUGUAAUGUGAUAGCAGUCCCAAAUUCCAAUAGCAAUAUUUACAAUUUAGAACGAAGUGAGAUUCAAACAAAUAAAAGAAAAAAAAUGUCCACACUUUGUUAUACUAGUGAGAUGGAAGGUUUCGUAAAGAAAAAAGAGGAAAAUUAAUUAUUCCAAAAAUUUGGAUUUGGAGAAUGAAAACUAAACGUAUUUUUAAUCGUGUACCCUAUUUAGUUGAUAUCAAUUAGAAAUAGCCUUUAUCGAUUAAAACAAUGCUAUGUUCCAAAAUCAAUGGAAAAUUGGAAUAAAUGGAACACACACACACUCACACGUAGAGAAUGCAUACAUUGAGUAUAUUUACACAAUACCUUCUUUUAGUAACCUAAUUUGCAAGCAUUUAGACCAAUUUUAUUGAAAAUUUUAACUAGAAAUCGGUAGAGAGUUUAAUUGGUCCAGUGGCCAAUCAUUGCACUCUCUAUUAUGCAGACCUAAUUCAAUUGUUUUUUAGCCUUUACCUAAAUGUUCAGUCAAUAGUUGCAUUUUUCACUUGCAUUUUUUCCCCCACAUCCUAGCCAACAUUUCCUCAACAGCACAAAGUAAUGAGAUGCAUAUUUUGAUAUGACAUGGGAAUAAUGGAAGAGAAGAACGUAAGAUGACGACAAAAGAAGUGCACUUUAACUAAAAUACAAAAUGAACAAUUUUGAAAUUGUUGUACGUACGAUACCUGUUGAAAUUGAAUACAUGAAAUUAUCUAUAUAAAAUCAUUGAAACUCGACCCACAUCAUUAUGGUUGAUGAUGGGAAUUCAGUUUCUGUGGUUUUAUUGUUGAGCCAUUUAAAAAGAUAUGUACAAAAUAUGACAAAAGUGAAAUGAAAUAUCUGUGUCCUUAACUUUUUUAACUCCUUAACACACUAUAAUAUUUUUGAGUUGGAUUUUCUUCCGAUUCGCUUGACGAAUAAACUUAUAAAGCUUAACUUUUCAACACUAAAACUAGUAUUACCUUUCAAAAUGCAUAUGAAUAACGAUUUCAAUCGUUGGUCUAGAUCGGGAACGAUUGUAGUCAAUGUUAAUUUCUAUAUACAAUCGUGAACGAUUGACUGUUUUGUGUUUUUAAGACAACGAUUUUCAGAAAAAAUCGUAAACGAUCGCAAUCGUCGCCUAGGAAAACGCACCUUAAAGGAACAAUGGGUUUUCAUUCUUAUUUCAAUAUGUGUAAGUGAAAAAGAUGACGAAAAAAGUGAUG